AUGUAUCAGAGUUUGAGAGAUGCUGCUCAGGAAGGAAGCAUUGAUGCCUUGCACUCAUUGGUACGGGGAGACCCAUAUAUUUUGGAUACAAUCGAUAAAAUUCCAUUUGUUGAGACUCGUUUACAUAUAGCUGCAUCCGCUGGACAUACUCAGUUUGCCAUGGAGAUCAUGAGGUUAAAGCCGUCACUUGCUCGGAAGCUUAAUCAAGAUAGCUUCUCCCCGAUGCACCUUGCUCUGCAAAAUAACCAAACCCAAUUGGUGGAGUGGCUACUUGAUGUUGAUAGCGACAUUAUCCGUGUCCCAGGAAAGGAGGGUGUGACUCCUUUUCAUUACGUAGCUCAAAUGGGAAACAUCGAACUUUUAACCAAAUUUUCUAAAGGCUGCCCGAAGUCUUAUGAAGAUGUGACAAUUCGAGGCGAGAAUGUUCUGCAUGUAGCCAUGAAAUAUGACAACUUCGAAGCUUUUGGACUCAAUGCUAGGAUGGAUUCGGUAGUGUCGUCAUUACUGGAUACAGGAUUUGUUGAUUUAGACGCCGAGAAUUUAGAGGGUGAUACGGUCUUUGACAUCUUGGCCAAGGUGGACAACCAACGGAUCAGUGAUAUGCUCAUGCGACGAAAACGUCCUGCCAGAUGUUUAACUGCACUUGGAUAUUGCUUAAUAUGUUUAAAUAGACUUGCAUAUUACUUAUUAUUUCCUCUCAUAGUACUGCUACGACAACGUCGUGUAGAUUUGACCGAAACUCUUGAGAAGUGUGCCGUAAAAAUACGUCGUCGGCAAACAGUUAUAGCAGAGGAGAAGCGGAAUUCCCUGUUGGUUGUUGCUGCACUGCUAAUAACGGUCACCUACCAAGCAGCACUAAGCCCUGAUAAGCAACCCAAUGAGUUCAACUGCACAGCCCCAGUCAACGCUACCGGUGCCAAUCAGUACUUCAACUUCACAGCCCUGAAUCCGAUCAACGCUACCGGUGCCAAUCACUACUUCAGCUGCACUGCCCGCUUCAACGCUAGCAGUGGUGAAGUUAAACCAAACAGAGACCGAGCUGGAGACGUGUUCCUUUGGUGUAACACUCUAACCUUUUACCUAACAAACUUUACACUUUUCUUCCUCCUCCCUCCUGAUUUUCUUGGAAUCGUGCUCUUCCUCCUCCUUGUAAUCCUCUCUUAUGGCUUUUGCUUUUCAACUCCGUUAUUAAGUGCUCCUAUUCUACGAUAUCUUGGUCUAGCGUUGCUUCUGCCAGUUUAUUCACUUCCUUGGAUAAAUAAUUUCAGACCCAAACAUUUUUCUUCCGAUAUAGAGUGA